AUAUUAUUUCCACAGAUGAACAGACACCACAUUAGCAAGAGAAGAGCUGCUCCCCCCUCUGACAACAUUUAUCAACAUUUUUAUAUUGAUCUGAACUGUUAUACAGACUUGUUUUGGAGGGAAGAUGAUUCUGCGGGUUGAUUUGCUUUGCUGGUGAUUGGAAUAAGGGAUUUUUUGAUGGAUGGUGUGUGGAUUAUGACUGAAUAACAAUAUCACCAGGUACCAGACAUGGAUAUGAGCAAAAUGACUUCAAUUCUUGUCUUCCUGAUAAUCUACAUAAACCGUGCAUCAGGGCUGGACAUGCCUCCACCUGCUGACCUGGACGUGAAGAUUUUGGAUGGUGAAGUAAUAGUACUUUGGAAACAUCCUGUGAACGCCCCCUCCAACCCCCACUACAAUGUACAAAUGGCAAAGUACAGUGGUGAAUGGGGUAUCGUGACCAGCUGUACGGGGAUCAGUAAUACCUACUGUGACAUUAGCAGCCUUAUAUAUGACUAUACCACUGCUUAUAAGGUCAAAGUUCAGCUGGUUGCAGGACAUAACGUGUCUGACUGGGUGAUCAAGAGGAAAUUUCUCCCAAAUAAAAGCGAACUCCAGCCGCCCUCCUUCACUUUGUGGGCUACUUCCAGCACUCUGAAGGUUUAUGUCCACCAAAAACCCAUUUUGGAAAAACUCUUUCCUUUUGGGCUCACCUACACCAUCUAUCUGGAGGAGAGAGGACAAAAUAAAAAGAAUACAACGGCAUAUCUGAUAAAUGACAAUGGGAGAAUCAAGUCUUUCACUUCUCUCCACUGGGGGACGGAGUACUGUGUCAGCAUCCAGGUCAGGGGGAAUGGAGCAAUGUCCAUCAGCAAUGUGUCCCCUAAACAGUGUCUGGUGCUACCGGAGCAAGAAUAUUUCAUAAUUGCUCUGUCAUCCCUAUCUACUAUGGCUGGGCUGGCCACCAUUGCUAUCAUGGCAGCCAUCCUCCUGUGUUACCUUAAACGUCCAGAGAAAACACCUGUUGCAUUAAAAUCCCCCGUAAGUGGCUGGCGUCCAUUCACUGUUGGAGAGGGGACAAUGGAGACUGUUACAGACAAAGGGUGGUUCCUGUCCAGUUACAGAGCAAAAGUGAAAAACUGCAUCAAAGACCCAGUGACACAUGUUACAGCAAUAGAGAACAAUGAAGAGGAGGACAGGAGAACCAGCAUGGACAGCGGGGUCAGCGUGGAGCCCAACUCGGCCACAAACAGCGGAGGAAGUCCUCCAAUGAGACAAGAGGACAGUGGCUGUGGGAGCAUCGGAGGACCAGAGAGCUCCACUAGCUGUGAAACAGUUUACCCCCUGCAGGACGACAGGACUGAGGCUGACAUAGCCAAGAGGGACGAUAGUGGGUUUGAGCUGGGCUGCCAGCUUGAUUCUUCUUCUGUAAAUCUGGGUGGGCAGGACAAUGGACCACUCAAGGGUGCUAAUUAUCGCAGCCAGGGCCCCUCUGUUGGCCAGAUUAAUAUCUGUGAUGAGGAGAUGUUUGAACAUAUGCCUCCAGACUCAAUUUUGGCCGAGGUGGUCACAGGUUACAGAUCUGGGCCUCAAUCAUGUAUCUGCUCAGGAGCAGGUCAGUGCACCUGGUGCCACAAACAAGGCCACUGCGUAAUUGAGGUUAGCAAACAAUACAGAUCUAUAUGUAUUGACAAUGGACUGCUGAGCAGCAAAUGUGAUUUUGUGGACUCUUACAAAGGGGGGCUUACAUUUCCAAGUUAUUCAAAAAAGACACAAAUGGACACUGUCAUGGUGGAUGACUUAGACACAACUUUUAUACAAUUGGGAGAGACUUUCCCUCUGCUAACAGCUCUAGUGUCGCAACCCCUGGUGGAGGGAGGACAGGACUUUAAUAUGAACAAUGUGUCUCUUUCUCUUUGUGACGUCACGCUGAAGACUGAGUGAUACGCUGUGGAAUGCAACGCUAUUUAUAAAAAUCAUGCUGAUAUAAGCUGCGCUACUGGAGCGAUACACUCCUUUUUCAACAUCAAAGGUUUUUAAUCGUGAAAAAGAAGAAUUGGUUUGUAUUUGAAGGGAGAGGAGUAGCUCCUGUAUUGAAAAUCUGUGGAAAACGAUGGAGAAAACAGAGCAAAGAAACAGGCUGUUUAGUUAACACAGGAAGGAAACAGAGGUUAGACCACACAGCUGCUGGCUGGUAGCUGUUGGCUGGAGUCUCGGGCACCUCUACAGACAGAGAGCAUCAGACCUUACUCAACCCUGCCCCACUGGGUGUACUUACAACUGACUAAAACGCUGCAUGCCGGAAGUGAAAGUAGAGUGGGGAGCAAUGCAGAGAAACCGUUUGAAAGUUACGUGCUUAUGGAGAUUCUGCGAUUUUUCCCUGCCUCUCACCUCCGCCAACAACUCUAAGUUGGUAACUGACAGUGAAGUUUCUGAAAAGUUUUUCUUUUUCUGACCACUAUUAAAGUAUUAGACCAAUGAAAAUACUUGUGAAGCACUUCAGUGUGAUAUGAAGUGGUGUUGAAAGAGGAGCAAAUAUCCUUUCCUCACAUUCAAUGUUUCAGAUAUUUCACAAAAUUGUUUAUAACUGUGGGCCUGUCUUUCAGCUAUUAUCUUGGUUAAGUUAUUUAACAGACAUGUAAAAAAAAACAAAAAAAAAACUAUUUAUUCAUUGUGUAUAUUAUUGUAAAUACUAUGUGACUCUGUUGUUCUUCAGGUCAUUUAAAUAAACCUACCCUCUGGAAUGUUCUGCAAAUUAAACAAUACAUUCAUAAUCACAUAAAA